AUGGCUUCUUCAGCAGAUCAGUCCCAAGAGGACCAAAUCAAAGAUCUUCUAGAAGACCUCGAUACAUACAGAUACAUCUACGAUGAUCUCCUCGCGACGCGAGGUGCUUGUGCAGAAGCCGACGAGCUUCAUGAUUCAAUCAGAAACAUGGAAGUCCAAGUUGCCGCGCUCCUCGUCCGAACACCUGCGGCUGCACCUCCACGCAUGGCGUCGAAUGGUUUUACUGGAAUCCCGGGGGAGUCAUUUGCAUCCCCUCACUGGCCUUCUGCUGCACCCUCGCCUUUUGCGGCCGGGUCCCGCCAAUCGACAGUACUACCAACUUCACCGACAAUGCCACCUUCUCCCGAUAAUUCUCGUAAACGCCAACGUCCGCUAUCUCACAUCUCCCCCACGAUGCAGGGAUCAUCAAAAAGGAUUGCUCCCUCUCAGCCUAGAUCCCGCAGAUCUCAACUCGAGAAGAUAGAUGCUGAACAAAAAGCUCGCCUGGCUGAGAAUAACCACUUGUAUAAGCAAUGGAUUGACGCGGCAGGUGACGAUGCAGAUCAAUUAAGGGAUCUCCUGGAAGAGCGCGAUGAACAGGCGAAGUUGAUUGAAACAGAGUUCCAAAUGGCACGAGACGCAGAAUUGGCUCGCGCGCUCCAAGCCGACGAGGAUCACAGUCAGCUCCCAAUAGAGGGCUUCAAUGAGCAGAAUGCAUGGGAUCUUCCAGACCGCACUCAACCGGUAAAACUCGAACCUAUCUCAUCAAAAGCCAUUCACGCCCCUCAAACAUAUGCCCCGAUAGCCCCAUUCAAUAAACUCACUCCGUUCAAUUCCGACGAUGAUCUUCAAGAAAUAACUGCUGAUUCAUUCAAUUCUCGAAUCGGCAAGCAGCCAGCCCACCAAUCCAGUUCCUUGAACUAUUCCCACCUACCAUCUCUCCCUUCGCCAUAUUCCAAGUCGGCAUACUCCUCACAGGCGUCCCAUGCUUCGCACAUGCUAUAUCCCUCCCAGUUGACAUACCCCUCCCAAAUGACAUAUCCCUCCCAGUUGACAUACCCCUCCCAAAUGGCAUAUCCCUCUCAAAUGGCAUAUCCUUCUGAAAUGGCCUAUCCCUCCCAAUUGUCGAACCUCUCGCAGGCGCCAUAUGCCUCACCAGCGGCCUCCUCUAGAGUUCUUCCUUGGAAGCGCGAGCCUUCAUACUCCGCAAUGCCGGGUGCCUUCGACAAGUUUGAGAAGGCCUUUGACCUGAUUCGCAAUCAGAACGAAAUAUUCGAUGAUGAUGCUGACAUAGCGGCCUACAACGAGAAAGAGUUCCCUGAGGAUAUCAAGAACUUGCUCAGCGGUAUCAAAGACAUCCGGGAGGCAACUAAAGCAGACAAUGAGGAGACACCGAGUGCGCUUCGAGUCACAUUGAUGAAGCACCAGAAGAUCGGCCUUAGAUGGAUGAAAGCCAAAGAAGAGAGCAGUCACAAAGGAGGAAUUCUUGCGGAUGACAUGGGCCUCGGUAAGACUAUUCAAGCGAUCGCGCUGAUGGUUGCUCGUCCAUUUGAAGAUGAAGAGCGACGCCCGACUUUGAUUGUCGCGCCCAAGGCACUUAUGGAUCAAUGGAGACUCGAAAUUCAGCGCCAUGUCAAGCCGGGAAGACACCAAUUAUCAGUUUUGAUCUACCAUCAACGGCGCAGGCCCUGGAAGGAGCUCAAAAAGUACGAUGUCAUCAUCACGACGUUUGGUACCAUUACUGCGCACUACAAAACAUUGCUGUCAGCGGAAAAGAUGGCAGAGGAAGGACGGGAACCUGCGAUAAUUCAAGACUUCAAAAAUCUGGCGGGUCCUCUCAAUCCUGCCGCCAAGUGGCACCGAGUCAUCAUUGAUGAAGCACAGAACAUCAAGAAUCCAAGCGCAAAAUCUUCAACAGCAUGUUGUCGACUCAAUGCUACCUACCGCUGGUGUCUGACUGGUACGCCCAUGAUGAAUCGUCUCGAAGAUUUCCAGUCGCUAUUGGGAUUCCUCAGGAUUCGGCCUUACAGCAACCCAGCAAAGUUCAAAGCGGACUUCGUCAAACGCAUCAAAUCUGGCUGGGGAGGAGAGGAUGUUAUGAAGCAACUACGCGUCCUAGUCAAGUCCGUCUGUCUCCGACGUACAAAAACCUCCAAGAUUGAUGGCGAGCCCAUCCUGCAACUCCCACCCAAGAUCACCGAGAAGGUCCAUGUUGUGUUUGAUGAGAGGGAAAGCCAGGUUUAUGAAGAGCUCAAUACCUCCACUCAAAGGCAGAUCACCCGAUACCUUGACUCCGGAACGCUAGGCAGAAACUACAGCCAUGUUCUAGUUCUCCUUCUCCGUCUUCGGCAGGCAUGCUGUCAUCCCCUCCUCAUGCAGGAGUUCCGAAACGAACCUGCUCCGUCUAUCCCAGGGGUAGACAAGAUCGCCAACGCCAAGCUUCUGAGCCCCGCUGUAGUUCAGCGUAUCAUAUCAAAUGACGGUGAAGAGGAUGGUACCUGCCCUGUCUGCAUGGAUAGUGUCAAAAAUGCGACUAUCUACAUUCCAUGUGGACACCAUGUGUGCUCGGAGUGCUGGAUUCGAAUUUCCGACUCUGCACUUGCAAACGGAGCCAUCAACCUUGAGGACGAUGGUCCAGCUGUGAUCAAGUGCCAGAAUUGCCGAGGGCCUGUGGACCCUGCGAAGCUCACUGACACUAAUGCCUUCAGGCAGGUUCACGAUCCAAGCUCAGUGCCUGACUCUGCCGCCGGAGCUGACGAUACCAACGGGGCAAAUGACGAUGAAGAUUCAGAAGCGACAGCUAGCAGUGACGAGUCUGAGUCCGAUAGCUCUACUGAAGAGGGCGACGGGGCACCAAAGAAGAAGUCAAAGUCAAAGUCUCUGGCCGAGCUGCGAAAGGACGCUUUGAGAAACAAGGCCGAGAAGAAGAAAUAUCUUCGCCGCCUCGAGAAGGGCUGGUUCCCCAGCACAAAAAUUACCAAGACGCUGGAGAUCCUCCAAGCCAAUGUAGACCGCGGCCAAGACGAGAAAACCAUCAUUUUCAGCCAGUUCACCUCCCUCUUGGAUCUUCUCGAAGUCCCCCUCAGCAGUCGCGGGUGGAACCACACCCGCUUCGACGGCAGUAUGAACCUCAAAGAACGCAACGCCGCCGUGACAGCUUUCACCAACGACCCUGACUGCAAGAUCAUGCUCGUCUCCCUCAAGGCCGGUAACUCGGGCUUGAACCUUGUUGCCGCCUCGCAUGUCAUCAUGUUUGAUCCUUUCUGGAACCCGUACAUUGAAGAUCAGGCUGUUGAUCGUGCUCAUCGCAUCGGGCAAGUCCGAGAAGUAUUCGUCCACCGCCUGCUUAUUGAGAAUACCGUCGAGGAUCGCAUUGUUACUCUCCAGGACCAGAAGCGUGAGCUGAUCAGUGGUGCUCUCGAUGAGGGCGGUACUAUGAAUGUCUCCCGACUGGAUGCAAGGGAACUUGCUUAUCUCUUUGGUGUGAGAGACUUGUAA